GUUCUGUUAUUUCGGUUUGUUUCAUCAGCCAUGAUAUUUGAUUGCCAUUUAAUUUCGAAUUUUCUUUCAACCCCAAGCUUGUCAUCAUCACAGCCUUUACAAAAGUCCCUUCUUUUACAGGCUUAAGCUUCGCUAUUUGCAUAGAGCUUCUGGCUUUGAUCUGAUAUUCAUAUAAAAUUUGUUGUUGUCUACAUGUGGGUUUCAAUGUUUCUGGACUUGUGCUUAUGAUUCCCUUCUUACAUUGUAUAUCUCUUUCUUCUUCUUUAACCGUCCAAUAAAUGGACCCCAGUUAGCUUUAUAGAUUUUGUUUAAGAAUCCAGUAAGGUUUUUUUUGUUUUCUUUUGUCAACCUUAUUGUGGUGGUUCCGUAAUUAUAUGGAUUCAUUCUUUUUUCAUGCUGAAGAAUAAAAGUUGCUCCCUUCAGACCCAGGUCAUCAGUUUGGGAUGCAAGAGACUAGAGAUCAAGGCAUGAGAGGCAGGAAUUGAAUAGAAAAGUUUUGUCCUCACUAACAUAAAAAACAAUUUAAAACCACUAUUUUUUUUAGUUGAUUUUAGUUAAAUGAUAAUAUUGUUAGAUCGAAUAGAAGAUUUUGAUCUGGGUUCCUGCUAGAAGGAGAAAAAGUGAAUAUUGAUUGAUUUCGCCGCUAAGUGGAAAGGCUUUUUUGACUUUAGUACAAUGGAGGCAUCACAAGUUAGGAAAAAGAUGACUAAACAGUUAACAGGGAAACGUGACGAAACAAGCUUGCAUUUGGCGGCAAGAGCUGGAAAUCUUUCCGAAAUUACAGAAAUUCUAACUAAUACUGGGGAAGCUGAAUUGAAGGAAUUGUUGGCAAAAGAGAAUAGCUCGGGUGAAACGGCUCUUUAUGUUGCUGCGGAUUAUGGUUAUGUUGAUGUGGUUCGAGAGUUGAUCAAGUAUUAUGAUCUUGCUGAUGCUGGAAUCAGAGCUAGAAAUGGUUUUGACGCAUUCCACAUUGCUGCCAAGGAAGGAUAUUUGGAAAUGUUGAAAGUCCUAUUGGAGGCUCAUCCUGAAUUGGCCAUGACUGUUGAUUUAUCAAACACGACAGCUUUACACACGGCUGCAAUGCAAGGGCAUAUAGAGGUGGUGAAAUUUUUGUUGGAUGCAGGAAGUUGCCUUGCGACAAUAGCUAGAAGUAAUGGGAAAACAGCCCUGCAUUCAGCUGCAAGGAAUGGACAUUUGGAGGUUUUGAAGGCACUUUUAGCGGCAGAUCCUGGGAUUGCAACACGGACUGAUAAAAAGGGGCAAACUGCACUUCACAUGGCAGUGAAAGGACAGAAUAUUGAGGUGGUGGAGGAGUUGAUUAAGUCAGAGCCUUCAUCUGUAAACAUUGUUGAUACUAAAGGCAAUUCACCAUUGCAUGUAGCAGCCCGAAAGGGUAGAGCUCAGAUUGUGAAGUUAAUACUUUCAAAAAGUGAAACUGAUACAAAAAUAGUUAACAGGGGCAAUGAAACUGCCCUAGACACUGCUGAGAAAUUUGCCCAGACAGACAUUGAACUCAUCUUGCGGGAGCAUGGAGUCGAAAGUGCCAGAAACAUGAAAAUUCUGCCAAAAAAUCCAGCUCGUGAGUUGAAACAAACUGUGAGUGACAUAAAGCAUGAAGUCCACUACCAACUAGAACACACCCGCCAAACGAGAAAACGUGUGCAAGGCAUCGCAAAACAUGUCAAAAAGAUGCAUAUUGACGGUUUAAACAAUGCAAUCAACUCCACAACAGUCGUUGCAGUUCUUAUAGCCACAGUUGCAUUUGCAGCCAUUUUCCAAAUCCCAGGACAGUAUGUUGAUGACAGCAAUGAACUUCAUCCUGGGGUCUCACUUGGGGAAGCACAUGUUGCACCCAAACCAGCUUUUGUAAUCUUCUUCAUCUUUGAUUCCAUUGCCCUCUUCAUUUCAUUGGCAGUUGUGGUGGUUCAAACCUCAGUUGUAGUAAUAGAGAGCAAAGCAAAGAAGAAGUUGAUGGCAAUAAUGAACAAGGUGAUGUGGUUGGCUUGUGUGCUAGUUUCAGUGGCAUACUUAGCAAUGUCAUUUAUUGUGGUUGGGAAGAAAAAUAAAUGGCUGGCAAUUGGGGUGACAAUAGUUGGAGCUGUUAUAAUGGCUGCUACAUUGGGUACCAUGUGUUACUGGGUAAUUAGGAAUAGGAUUGAAGACUCAAACAUGAGGAGUAUUCGGAAAAAUUCCAUGAAAAGCAGGUCAAGAUCCUGGUCAAUGUCAGCCAUGUCAGAUACUGAGAUUCUAAAUAAUGAGUACAGGAAAAUGUAUGCAAUUUAAAAUUUUCCUAUGCCUCAUCCUUCUUUAACAUAAAAGUGUAACUGCUAAGUGUAAUUUUUUUGCAUAGUUGUUCACAGUUUUAUCAUGGAGAAACUGAGGUUAUCUUA